AAAAUUGCAAAGUCACAGGUGUAUCAGGCAGCGUUCUCCUCAUCGAACGUGUACGAGUAAAUCAACUAAGAAAAGGAGAAAAGUUAACCUUUCAGUGCAGGAGGCGUGGAGACUUUCUUCAAGGGAAAGCAGUGGUCACAUGUUUAGCAGAUGGACAGUGGAGUGAUCCCUUCCCAACAUGCGGAGCUCCUUUGGGUUGUGGUAAACCACCAUCACUUCUAGAUGGAGACAUCAAGACAUCUCUUCAGUUCCAGUACAGACAUAAUGACAGGGUUGAAUACAUCUGUGAGAAUUUCUACACUAUGGAGGGUCAGCCUUACAAAACCUGCAUCAAUGGUGAAUGGACUGGACAGAUGAGAUGCCUCAAACCCUGCACUGUGGACAGAGACGCCAUGAACGUACAUAAUAUUGCCUUCAGAUUUAUAUAUGACGAUAAGCUGUAUUCAGCCCAUAAUGAUGAAAUCGAGUUCAUGUGUACAAGACGAAGAACACUUGUUGGUAGAUAUGGCCUGCGUCAGAAGUGUGUUGAUGGUGUGAUGCACCUUCCCACUUGCCAGUAAAGCUUUUUAGUCAACUGGAUAUGAUAAACAUGAGCUGGCUGGACAAACAUGUAAAUGAUUAAUCAAAGUAAAUAGUUAGACCAGUGAUGUUCUCCUGAUGCAGUGUCUAUACUUUAGUGCUGUGUGUGGUCAUUUUAAUAAAACAUAUAUCUUCCCUCA